AUGCGCUUCAUGGUCAAGAAUAUCGACCCCAUCGUCUCCCCCGGCCAGUACCGAUCCCACAUGCACUCCUUCUUUGGCUCGGAUGCUGUGACCAAGAACAUGCCAACCACCGAAGAGCUUCAGAAAGGCUGCCCCUCGGGCCAGAACCCCAACGAUCUCUCCGUCUACUGGAUCCCCACCCUGUACUACGUCCGCUCCCCGACCGAAUACAUCGAAGUCAACCCGGGCAUGUUCAGCACCUACUACGAAAACAUUGACAAAGCCGAGAUCCCCUACCCAGCCAACUUCUUCGCCGUCGCCGGCAACGCCUCUGCACGCUCCCAAUCCGACGUCGACGAGCGCACCACCGGCCUGACCUGGUGGUGCGAGAACGGCCCCGAAGACCGCCAGACCCGCGACCGCGCGCUCAUGCCCCGCGUCACAUGCUCCGGCAACAUCCAGGUCAUCCUCCGCUUCCCGGACUGUGUCAAUCCGGGGGAUAUUAAGAAUUAUGCUUAUUCGGCUGCAAAUGGAGGCAGGUGUCCGGGGGGGAUGAAGAGGAUUCCGCAGUUGAGGUUUUCGGUUAGGUAUAAUGUCAGGGGGUUGAUUCCUGGUGGGUGGAAUGGUACGCCGCCGUUGAAAUUGGCGUGUGGGGAGGUGGGCGAGGGUAGGAAUACGUGGAUGAGGGUUGAUGGGGCGAGGGGGCAGGGUAAGGCGGGGGCUGCAUGCACGCCUAAGGAUAGGGACCCGGCUGGGGGUACGGGGGAUUAUCUCGAGAGUGUCGAGAUGAUGAAUUCUGCUGCUGCUAGUGGGCAUGGUCACUGA